CCAAAAGGAAGGCAUAGCUUUUCUCUAUAGCCUAUACAGAGAAAAAAGAAAAGGGGGUAUCUUGGCAGAUGAUAUGGGAUUGGGGAAGACUGUUCAAAUUAUUGCUUUCCUUUCUGGUAUGUUUGAUGCUUCACUUGUGAAUCAUGUGCUAUUGAUCAUGCCAACUAAUAUCAUUAGCACAUGGGUAAAAGAAUUUGCCAAGUGGGCUCCAGGAAUGAGAGUCAAAACUUUUCAUGGCCCUAGCAAGGAUGUACGCACCAGAAGCCUCAAUAGGAUUCAGCAAAGGAAUGGUGUCAUAAUCACUACAUACCAAAUGUUAAUCAAUAAUUGGCAGCAGCUUUCAAGCUUUAAUGGCCAAAAUUUUGUGUGGGACUAUGUCAUCCUUGAUGAAGCACAUAAAAUAAAAAGCUCAUCUACUAAAUCAGCAAUAUGUGCUCGUGCUGUCCCUGCACGUAAUCGCAUCCUCCUCACAGGAACUCCAAUCCAGAAUAAUUUACAAGAACUAUGGUCUCUAUUUGAUUUUGCUUGCCAAGGGUCCCUGCUAGGAACAUUAAAAACAUUUAAAAUGCAGUAUGAAAAUCCUAUUAUUCGAGCAAGAGAGAAGGAUGCUACCCCAGGAGAGAAAGCCUUGGGAUUUAAAAUAUCUGAAAGCUUAAUGGAAAUUAUAAAACCUUAUUUUCUCAGGAGGACUAAAGAAGAAGUACAGAAAAAAAAGUCAUGCAACUCAGAAGUCAGACUUAUUGAGAAGAAUCCAGGUGUUGAUGCCGUCUGUGAAAUGCCUUCCCUUUCCAGGAAAAAUGAUUUAAUCAUCUGGAUACGUCUUGUACCUUUACAAGAAGAAAUAUACAGGAAAUUUGUGUCUCUAGAUCACAUCAAGGAGUUGUUGACAGAGACUCGUUCACCUCUGGCUGAGCUAGGUGUCCUGAAAAAGUUAUGUGAUCAUCCUAGGCUUCUGUCUGCACGGGCUCGUUGUUUGCUCAAUCUAGGGAAUGGCAAAUUUUCUGCUCAAGAUGGCAAUGAGGAAGAGGAUUCCUCAGAUAUGGACAACAUUGAUCAUGUAACUGAUGAUACAUUGAGGCAAGAAUCUGGAAAAAUGAUAUUCUUAAUGGACCUUCUGAAGAGACUGCGAGAUGAAGGACAUCAAACUCUGGUAUUUUCCCAAUUGAGAAAAAUUUUAAACAUCAUUGAACGCCUCUUAAACAAUAUGCACGUUAAGACAUUGCGUAUCGAUGGCACCAUUACUCAUCUUUUGGAAAGAGAAAAAAGAAUUAACCUGUUCCAGCAAAAUAAAGAUUACUCUGUUUUUCUGCUUACCACUCAAGUAGGUGGUGUUGGCUUAACAUUAACUGCAGCAACUAGAGUGGUCAUUUUUGACCCAAGCUGGAACCCUGCAACUGAUGCUCAAGCUGUGGAUAGAGUUUACCGAAUUGGACAAAAAGAAAAUGUUGUGGUUUAUAGGCUAAUCACUUGUGGGACUGUAGAGGAAAAAAUAUACAGACGACAGGUUUUCAAGGACUCAUUAAUCAGACAAACAACUGGUGAUAAGAAGAACCCAUUCCGCUAUUUCAGUAAACAAGAAUUAAGAGAGCUCUUUACAAUUGAGGAUUUUCAGAACUCUGCAACCCAGCUGCAGCUUCAGUCUCUGCAUGCUGCUCAGAGGAGAUCUGAUAAGAAACUAGAUGAACAUAUUACCUACCUGCACUCUCUGGGGAUAGCUGGAAUCUCAGACCAUGAUUUGAUGUACACAUGUGAUAUGUCUGCUAAAGAGGAGGUCAGUGUGAUAGAAGAAUCUCAGUAUAUUCAACAAAGAGUUCAGAAAGCCCAAUUCCUUGUUGAAUUUGAGUCUCAAAAUAGGAUGGAACAACAAACUGGAAAUGAGGGGGCCUGGGAAAGAGCACCUGUGUUUCCUUCUCAAACAAAGAAGAAAUGCUCUGAAUUGAACAAACCACAGCCUCCGCCUUAUCCUCUUCUAACUAUUCAUCCUACCCAAGAAGAAGAUAUCAGUUUUCAAAUGGCAAAUAUAAACAUUAAUGAACAGUCCAAAGAGAGUGACACACAAGAAGAUCUUUCCAAAGAUCUUUCCAGUGUACAGAUGAACAUUACCAUGCUGCAAGAUAUUAAGUACCCACAUGAAGAUACACUGGAGGCUGACUUUGUAGCUACAUUACCCAAAGAGAUUGGAAGUGUUGAAGGAACUUGUACUGACUCAUUAUUGGGAACAGCAAAAAACAUUGAAACAGAAAAUGAGGCUCUGCAAAAAGAGGCAUCACAAGAGAGGCCUGAGCAAGAGGCACUGCAAGAGAGCCCCCAGGGAAGUUUUAAUUAUUUACUUAGCCAACCCAUGAAAGCUGAUCUUGGGCCAAAUCUAGAUCUACAGGAUGAUGAGAUUUUACAAGACUCUAAUCCCUGGCCCAUAACAAGUGAAAAUAAAAAUACAGAAUCGGAUGCAUCUGUUAUUGCACUAUCUGAUGACUCAUUGGCAUCCAAUAGUGCAGUGCAGGAUACUCAAGUAAAUGAGGCCAACUCAGAAAGGGAAAUUUUAGCAUCUUCACAAUAUAUGUGUGAUUUCAAUCUUUUUCUGGAAGACUCUACAGACAAUAGACAAAAUCUCUCUAGCCAGUCUUUAGAGCAUGCUGAGAAUGAAAAUAGCUUGUGUGGCUCUGUAGGUAAUUCUACAGCAGAGUCUGUGCAUAGCAAAACACAUCCCAGUUUGGAUCUUUCUGAUAAGAAAGAUGAUGAAUCAGUAGUAGUAGUUAAUGUCAAAUCCAGAAGCAAAUCUAGAAGGAUUGUUUCAGAUGAUGAGGAUGAUUUUUUUAAAGGUUCUUCAAACAUAAGUCCAAUCAACACAUCUCCCUUUCAAUUCUCAUCUGUGAAACAAUUUGAUGCUUCAACUCCUAAAAAUGACACCAGUCUAUCUAGAGGGUUCUUUUCACCUAAAAUAUCCGAUGGUAUAAAUAAGUCUAUAAACUCAAGAAAAUCCCUGGCUUCUAGGAGGUCUCUGAUUAAUGUGGUUUUAGACCAUGUGGAGGAUAUGGAGGAAAGAUUUGACAACAGCAGUGAAACAGAGGGUGCAGAAGAUGAUUGGGAAGAAGAAAAAAGCAGUGAUGAAGACUCAGAGCAUACAGAAGAGGGUCCUUCUAGAGAAAUGAUGUCUUCAGAAAAUAAGUUCAGUGGGCUAACUGUGUCUAAACCACUAGACUCUAGCCUACAGACCUCUGCUGAUGUCCCUGAGCCUUUGCCAGGUGCAGUGUUGGUUGAUUCGCCCCAGGACAAGUCAGUGGAGGCUGCAGAUGACUACGAGACUCUUGUAACUCGUGGAAAAGAACUGAAAGAAUGUGGAAAAAUACAGGAGGCCCUCAACUGCUUUGUUAAAGCACUUGACAUAAAGAGUGCAGAUCCUGAAAUCAUGAUGAUGACUUUGGGUUUGUAUAAGCAACUUAAUAGCACUUGAGAGUUCCAUAAUCUAUUUGUUGUAUUUUAAAGUGAAAGAGAAUAUGAGAUAAUUUUUAUUGUUCCAUCAUUGGGUUCUUUGGGAGCAUGAAACAUUUAUGUUAAGAAAAAUCUCAAAAAGCAAAUUUUAUUUCUACUCCCUGGUUCUUAUCUUGCCCCUCAUAUAUAAAUUCUGUUUUCUGAGCAUGAGGUUAAUAUUUCCACACUUGAGUAUUGUUUUAUUUUAGGCAUAAUCUAUUAAUUUUACUGUUUGUGUUGUUUACUUUAUCAAUUAAAACUUUCUAGAGAAGUUUUUA